AUGGACAAAGGGAAGGUGAAGAGUGUGAUAUCCACAUGCCACGUAUGUAAAUGCCCAUAUUCAUGUGCCAUUCACGUGGUGUUUGAAGAGCACACGAGGGAAGUGGAUUACUCUGACAAGUCAGUUACAGAGAACACACGGGCGGCCUAUCCCAUUGAGUACAUACCAAAUGCGAAAAUCCCGUGUGUUGCCCCACACCCGAAGAAUGUCAUUCUCUUGGCAUGUGACGCGUUUGGAGUGCUCCCUCCUGUAAGCAAGCUGAGCCUGGCACAGACUAUGUACCAUUUCAUAAGCGGCUAUACCGCUCUGGUAUGUGUCCAACUGUUGAACUUUGGUUCCUUUGUUGCUCCAAAUGCUUAAUCUGCAGAAGA